AUGUUUAAUGAAAGAUGGCAUUGCUUAUAUUUCUAAGCAGAUAUACUUAAUGCUGAAUUGGUUUCUCCUAAUAGGAUACAAGCAUGCAGCCAAGCUUUUUGUAUAAACUACCAGCUAAGUGAAGGAGAAAGAACCUGCUUUUACGCAUAUUGAGAGAGAUUGAAGAGCAAAGAGAAAACAAAAAGAUGAAGCUUGAAAGUGAUUCUGUAGGACUUGUAACUCCAUAUGCCAAAGCCGGAUUCUUUAGUAGACUCUGGUUUUGGUGGUUGAAUCCGUUGAUGAAAAUGGGCAGGCAGAAAAAUCUUGAGGAUGAACAUAUACCCAAGUUGUGCAAGGCAGAUCGAGCAGAAAAUUGUUAUUUUCAGUUCUUGGAGCAAUUGAAUAAGAAGAAAAGAGCAGAACCAGCAUCCCAAACAUCAAUCCUGGAGGCAAUAAUUUUAAUCCAUUGGAAAGAAAUGUUCUUAUCAGGGUGCUUUGCUUUGUUAUAUAUUCUCACACUGUCUAGUGGUCCAGUACUUCUAAAUGCCUUCAUACUGGCUUACGAGGGAAAAGGAAAAUUCAAGUACGAAGGACAUGUAUUGGCAAUAGCCUUUUUCUUUUCCAAGUGCAUACAAUCCAUGUCACAAAGGCAGUGGUUCUUCCGAAGCAGGCUUGUUGGACUGAAAGUGAGGUCAUUGCUCUUAGCAGCCAUUUAUAAUAAACAACUAAGAUUAUCCAAUUCUGCAAGGUUAAUGCACUCAGGUGCUGAGAUAAUGAACUAUGUUACAGUAGAUGCUUAUAGAAUUGGAGAAUUUCCAUUUUGGUUCCAUCAGACAUGGACAACAAGCCUCCAACUAUGUAUUGCAAUACUAAUUCUUUUUCAUGCGGUGGGGCUAGCAACAGUUGCAGCACUGGUGGUGAUAAUUCUCACCGUGCUUUGCAAUAUUCCACUCGCAAAGUUACAGCAUAAGUUUCAGUCUAAGCUAACAGUGGCACAAGAUGAGAGACUGAAGGCUAGUUCUGAGGCUCUAGUAAACAUGAAGGUUUUGAAAUUGUAUGCUUGGCAAACCCAUUUCAAGAAAGUCAUAGAAAAUUUAAGGAAGAUGGAGUGCAAAUGGUUAUCUAAAGUGCAGUCAGAGAAAACAUAUCAUAGCAUUCUCUUUUGGUCAACUCCGGUUUUGAUCUCUUCUGCAACAUUUGGAGCAUGUUAUUUCCUUGGAAUUCCUCUGCAUGCAAAUAACGUUUUCACCUUUGUAGCAACCUUUCGCCUUGUUCAGGAUCCGAUUAUAACUGUUCCUGAUGUCAUAGGGGUUGUCAUUCAAGCCAAGGUUGCAUUUGCACGUAUUAUAAAAUUCCUUGAAGCACCAGAGCUGCAGAAUGCACAUGUUAAGAACAAUUGCAACACGGAGAAUGUGAAUUACUCCCUUUUUAUCAAUUCGGCCAAAUUUUCAUGGGAAGAGACUUCAUUGAAGCCCACAUUGAGAAACAUAAAUUUGGAGGUUAGACCUGGUGAAAAGGUGGCCAUAUGUGGAGAAGUUGGCUCAGGCAAGUCAACGCUUCUAGUAGCAAUUCUCGGAGAAGUUCCAAAAAUUCAGGGAACCAUAAAAGUCAGUGGGAAGAUUUCUUAUGUUUCUCAGACAGCAUGGAUACAAAGCGGGACAAUACAAGAGAAUAUUUUAUUUGGGUCUGCAAUGGAUGGUGACAGAUACAGAGAAGCACUAGAGAGGUGUUCAUUGGUUAAGGACCUUGAGUUGCUUCCCUUUGGUGAUCUCACCGUAAUAGGGGAGAGAGGUGUUAAUUUGAGUGGUGGUCAGAAGCAACGCGUUCAACUUGCCCGUGCUCUCUAUCAGGAUGCUGAUGUAUUUCUCUUAGAUGAUCCAUUCAGUGCUUUGGAUGCACAGACUGCAACAAGCAUAUUUGAUGAAUAUGUUAUGGGCGCACUUUCAAGGAAGACAGUCUUACUUGUGACCCAUCAAGUAGACUUCUUGCCUGCUUUCAAUUCUGUUUUGUUCAUGUCAAACGGGGAAAUAUUACAACAGGCUCCAUAUCAUCAGUUGUUGGCCUCAAGCAAAGUAUUUCAGGACCUUGUUUAUGCACACAAAGAGACGGCGGGUUCUGAAAGCGUUGCCGUUGUUGGUUCUGCACAUAGACGUGGAACAUCUUCCCGAGAGAUUAAGAAUACUUACGUAGAGAAGCAAUUAAAAGCAUGUGAAGGGGAUCAGUUGAUUAAGCAAGAAGAGAGAGAAACAGGAGACACCGGCUUUAAACCAUACAAGCAAUAUCUGAAUCAAAACAAAGGGUUCUUGUUCUUCUUCAUAGCCUGUCUCUCUCACCUUAUAUUUGCAGUUGGUCAGAUAUUACAGAAUUCAUGGAUGGCUGCUAAUGUUGAUAAUCCUCAUGUUAGCACAUUGAGAUUGGUCAUGGUUUAUAUGUUGAUUGGAUUAGCCUCAAUAAUGUUUUUAUCCUGUAGAUCUAUUUCUACAGUUGUUAUGGGACUUAAAUCUUCGAAAUCCUUGUUUUCACAGCUAUUAGACUCCCUUUUUCAUGCACCCAUUUCAUUUUACGAUUCCACACCUCUAGGAAGGAUACUUAGUCGGGUGUCUUCUGACCUGAGUAUCAUAGAUCUUGAUGUCCCGUUCAGCCUUAACUUCUCUGUUUCGUCUUUCAUUAAUGCAUAUUCUAUUCUUGUGGUACUCGCUGUUGUCACCUGGCAGGUCUUGUUUGUCGCAGUACCAUUUGUUUUUGUUGUAAUCAGAUUGCAGAGAUAUUACUUUGCCUCUGCAAAAGAGAUGAUGCGGAUCAAUGGAACAACCAAGUCCUUAGUAGCAAAUCAUCUAGCAGAGUCUGCCGCAGGAGUCAUCACAAUAAGGGCUUUUAAGAAGGAAGACCAGUUCUUCACAAAGAAUCUUGACCUCAUUGACACAAAUGCUAGUCCUUUUUUCCACAGUUUUUCUGCAAACGAGUGGUUGAUUCAAUGGAUAGAAAUGGUCAGUUCGACGGUUUUUGCCUCUGCUGCACUUUGCAUGGUUUUGCUUCCUCCCCGAACUUUUAGCUCUGGAUUCAUCGGGAUGGCACUUUCUUAUGGUCUUUCCUUAAACAUGGCGUUUGUCCGUUCUGUUCAAAAGCAGUGUAGUUUAGAAAAUAACAUUAUUUGUGUAGAAAGGCUAAGCCAAUACAUGCUUAUUCCCAGUGAGGCCCCUGAAGUAAUAGAAGGAAACCGCCCCACAACUAAUUGGCCGGCUGUGGGUAAAGUGGAGAUACAAGAUUUGCAGGUUAGAUAUAGGCCCAAUGCACCACUUGUUCUUUGUGGGAUAAGUUGUUCUUUUGAAGGAGGGCACAAGAUUGGUAUCGUUGGCCGAACUGGGAGUGGGAAGACAACCCUUAUAAGUUCUCUUUUUCGUCUUGUGGAGCCUGCAGGGGGGAAGAUUAUUGUUGAUGGCAUUGACAUCUCUACAAUUGGACUUCAUGAUCUGAGGUCACGUUUUGGAAUAAUACCUCAAGAUCCUUCUCUUUUUAAUGGGACUGUGAGAUUCAAUUUGGAUCCCUUGUCUCAACAUUCUGACCAAGAAAUUUGGGAGGUUCUUGGGAAGUGCCAGCUACAAGAGUCUCUUCAAGAGAAAGGAAAUGGCCUGGACUCCUUAGUUGUGGAAUAUGGGUCAAAUUGGAGCAUGGGGCAGCGGCAACUUUUCUGUUUAGGGCGUGCACUUUUGAGGAGAUGUAAGAUAUUGGUGCUCGAUGAAGCAACUGCAUCAAUUGAUAAUGCAACUGAUAUGAUUCUUCAGAAAACCAUUAGGACUGAAUUUGUUGAUUGUACUGUGAUCACUGUGGCUCACAGGAUACCUACAGUGAUGGAUUGCACGAUGGUUCUCUCUAUUAGUGAUGGAAAACUAGAGGAGUAUGAUGAACCAAUGAAGUUAAUGAGGAUAGAAGGUUCCCUGUUUGGGCAGCUUGUCAAGGAAUACUGGUCUAAUCUUCAGACUGCAUAAUCACAUUGAACCUAACAACGUAGCCUUUUUGUGGCUCUGUCUUGGUACCAUGAAAGAAUGGGAAGAAAAUAAGUAUAUUUAGUAUAAAUAACAUUACAGUAUCAAAGGGGCAAGAGAGAGGAAAAGGAGAAUUGGAAGGCCAUGUUGUGGGUUGUAUAAUGUAUUCAGACAUAUUUAAACAGCAUGAAUCCUUGUCUCCAAUAUUUAAGCCACUAACCCUAAAUUCCAAAUUUAGUGCCUAAUUUGGGGAUU